AUGCGCGGAGGAGGAGUGGACGUAGGCCUCGAUACCGCUGCGCGCGCGAAAAACGAUGCUGUCAUGGUCGUCAGCCCGCGUUCCGAUGAGAGCGGUCCCUUGUUUCGUACAGUGGCCUCUUUCUUCCUCUUCUCGUUUCAUUCUCUUUUCGCCGAGGAGAUUCAUCUAGAUGACGACAAAUUCUACCUCCACAUGGUGCAACGACGCCAACUCUUGAACGUGUGGACGAUCCUCUCUCUGCUGCUAAUACAGGGCCACAUGGGCACCUUUUUCUUGCUCGUGUCAGUGCGAAGACGACUGGAGCGAGCGCCGUUGACUCUACUUGACGGACUUGCUAGCCCAUUGAUUUACCUUAUCCGUUCCGCCAAGUUCCACGAAACCCAAGACACGAGUCGAUUGAAAAUGGCAACGCCAGAGAUUGCGCACACGGACGGGGCCAGGUUGUCUGUCCUUCGAGGCUAUGAUACCUCGCACCUGGUGGUCGACGAGAAGUGGGUGAAGCAGAAGUCGGGCGAGGUUGAAUUCCCCAAAUCCAAGGCCAUCGCGGAGCAAGAGGCCAUUGCCGAAGAGGGACGCACAUAUCACGGCUACAACGCUGGCUCUUACUAUCUACCAAAUGAUCCUGCGGAACAUGAACGACUGGAUCAUCAACACCGCAUGGUCCGCCUCAUCCAGCAGGGCAAGCUGGGUCUAGCACCUGUGCAAAACCCCAAGAAUGUCAUUGACGUUUGCACCGGCACGGGCAUCUGGGCCACUGAAUAUGCCAGCGAACAUCCCGACUGCACGGUGCUCGGCAGCGACCUGAGCGCCAUCCAGCCGCGCGAGGGCGUGCCCAACUGCAGCUUUAUCCAGCACGACGUCGAGAAGCAGGACUGGGACUAUGGCCGGCAGUUCGACUACGCCUACUUCCGGUACAUGGUGACGUGCUUUGACGACAUGCCGGCCGUGCUGCGCAAGGCCCGCGACAGCCUGCGCGAGGGCGGCUACCUGGAAAUCUUCGACACUCCCAUCCAGGCCCUCAGCCUCGACGGCAGCAUCGAUGGCACCGCCCUCGCCGAAUGGGGCGACGUCGGCCGCGCCGCCGGCCGUGCCCUCGGCCGCGACAUGGCCAAGCCCCGGCAGUACAAGCGCUGGCUCGAGGAGGCCGGCUUCGUCGACGUCGUCGAGACCAUUGUCGCCGCCCCCGUCAACGAGUGGUGCCGCGACGAGCACCAAAAGGAGAUUGGCCGCUUCAUGUUUCACGACUUUUACGCCCUCAUCGGCGGCCUCAAGAAGCUCGUCCUCGCCGCCGGCUACUCCUCGGACGCCGCAGAUGACUUUUUGCGCCGCGUCCGCGCGACGAUUGAGGACCCCAAUGUGCACGCCUAUUACGAGAAAUACAUCGUCUACGGCCGGAAGCCCCGCGCCGAUGAAGUGCCCGCCACGCUUCUCACAGGGGAAGCCCAAAAGGAGAGCACAGAAGCCGCCGCCGCCGACGAGAAGCCGUCUAGCCUCGGUGGCUUCAUCAUCUCCUCUCUCGUCAUGUGCAGAGACUCUACUGCGCUACGCUCGGGUGUCAGCACGAUUCCUGCUGCGACCUGGCCCGCGCAGGAAGCCAUUGUCUCGGAACGCAACAAGCCACCACAUGGCGCCACCAUGCAUGUUUACCGCGCCGGCCAGCUGUCUGAGCUUGGACGACGUCGCAAAGUGGUGACCUCUUGCGUAGUAGCAACGUGUGCCAUUUUCCUCGCUGCAUCCACGUUGGCCUGUCACAUUUGGCACCACACCCACCCUAUCCUGUCUGGUACCAGCAUGGCCUCGGAAGGGACUAUACAGGAGAGACAGACAUGA